AUAUACCCUAAAACUGCGCAAUCGUCUUCCUCCUUUGGCUUCUCCUUCACCAACACAGAAACCCACCACCUUCGAUCUUUCUCUCUCCUCCUUGUUGUUCCCCUCGUUGUAUUUCUUUGAAAAAUUAGGGUUAGGGUUUUCAAUUUGAAAGAGAAAAUAUGGGGAUUGAGAUUCAGAAGCAGCCACAGCCUCAACAAACUACGGCGCACACUGUUGAACAGCUCGUUGCUGUCAAUCCUUACAAUCCUGACAUUCUUCCUGAUCUUGAAAACUACGUCAAUGAGCAGGUUAUGUCUGGAUCGUACAGUCUUGAUGCGAAUCUUUGUCUUCUUCGGCUCUACCAGUUUGAACCAGAGAGAAUGAGCACCCCUAUUAUUGCCCGCAUUUUGAUCAAGGCACUCAUGGCAAUGCCAGCUUCUGAUUUUGGCCUUUGCCUCUUUUUGAUUCCGGAACGUGUGCAAAUGGAAGAGCAGUUCAAGACAUUGAUUGUUCUCUCUCACUAUUUGGAGACUGCUAGGUUUCGUCAAUUUUGGGAAGAAGCAUCCAAGAGCCGCCACAUUCUCGAAGCAGUUCCAGGUUUUGAGCAAGCAGUGCAGUCCUAUGCAGUUCAUAUUCUCUCACUAACUUGUCAACGGGUGCCUAGGACUGUGCUUGCUGAGGCUAUUAACGUUGAAGGUCUCGCCCUUGACAAAUUCCUGGAGCAACAAUCGAUAGAACGUGGUUGGAUUGUUGAAAAGAGUGGUGGUAAGGGCCAAAUCAUUAUCCUUUCCCGCAACGAAUUCAACCAUCCAGAGUUAAAGAAAAAUGCAGCAGAUAGCAUACAGCUACAGCAUAUCACUAGGAUCCUCCCUAUUCUCGGUUGAUCUUCUCAACCGUUGUAGACCGACCUUGUGGUUAAAAGAGUAGUAGAGAAUUUGAUGACAUUUUUUGUUUUCUGGGAAUGCUCUGAAUACAGUUUUCUACUUCUCUUUUUUACUUUAAGAUGUUCUGAAUACUUUUUUGCACUGAAAAAUGAUCUCAGAUUUUGAGUUAAUCCCUUUUUUCCAGAGUUGUUUCA